AUGGCCUCCGUUCGCGUUGCUUCCCGCGCCUUUGCCUCUAUGGGCACCAAGGUCGCUCGCCCUGCUGUCCGUGCCUCUAUCGCCAGCACCGCUGCUAAGCGCACCAUCACCAGCAAUGCUACCCCCAUGCAGGCCCUGAAGCGCCAGCAGGCCUCCAAGAUCCUGAGCGCCACCACCCGCCAGGCUUUCCAGCGCCGCGCUUACUCUUCCGAGAUUGCUCAGGCCAUGGUCGAGGUCUCCAAGAACUUGGGUAUGGGUUCCGCUGCCAUUGGUUUGACUGGUGCUGGUAUCGGUAUUGGUCUCGUUUUCGCUGCCCUCCUCAACGGUGUUGCCCGCAACCCUGCUCUCCGUGGCCAGCUCUUCUCAUACGCCAUUCUGGGUUUCGCCUUCGUUGAGGCCAUCGGUCUUUUCGAUCUCAUGGUUGCCCUUAUGGCCAAGUUCGUACGUAUACUCUCAAUAUCAACAGGCAUAUCUGAGUACCCAUGCUGA